CAACAAAAACACCAAAAAUUCCACAAUCAACAGAGCGCAGUUGAGUCAGUCCGGUCGGUUCGCGAUUCAAGUGCAAAUUUCUGUCGUAAUCCUUCCCGGGAACAACCGCUGCAGCAAAGCUCAUAAAUCACAACAGUGUCUCAUCGCAGGUGCUGCACAUAAUUGCACAGCGCAAUUUCUCAAAACAUGUCGGAUAACGAGGAAUCGUUCAUCGUGCUGGGUUCGACCCCAACGCCGUCGAUGGAGCAAUAUCUGGAGAGUGGCAGCAGUUUGGAGCAGCCCCAGUCGAAAAAGAUGACGGAAAGCACCACGACCCAGAUCAACUCCGGCAAUUUUAGUCUUAUUCAGGCUGGUGAAUCACUCAAACCGAAUUUCGACUCGCCAAAGUGCUCGAUUUCGCAACAGGAAGCGUCGAACGGAUCGUUCCGUCUCCCGUUAUCGGGCGCGAGCAGCAUGGCCAGUUCGGUGGGGGCACCACCAGGCGGUGCGAAUCCGUUGGCCGCGAGCAUCAUUAUGGGUGAGACCAAGUCCAGCCUGCUGCAGGCGUUUCCCAGCCUGAUGCAAUCGUCGUCGUCGAUGCCGAUCGAUGAGGUGCAAGCUCUUCAGCACUUGCUGAACGAACAUGGCCAAAUGAAGGACAGCUUGCAUAAGGCGAACGUGGCCAUGCGGAAGAACUUUACCAACAUACAGAAGUGGCAGGAUGAGGUGAAGACGAAGUACGCCGAACAGGUCAGAACCAUCGACGAGCAACGCGCCGCACUGGACGGACUGGAAGCGGAGAACAAAGCGCUCAAGCAGGCCCUUCAACUGGCCGAAACACGCGCCACGGAUCAGGCGAAGAAAUUCCAGGAGGAGCGGAUCGCCCUGCAGAAGUCGCUGGAUGAGUCCAGGCAACAGGUCGAGGCAGAACGGCUGAACGCAACGGCCGAACUGGACGAGCUGCGCAAAGCCGUGUCGGAGAAGCAGUCGAUUCUGCAGAACAUGGCCAAACAGAUCGAGCGACUCGAGCUGGAGAAGCAGGAGUUUGUGGUGGUUAGGGCCACAAAAGCGGGAGGAAAUGAUGUCGGUGCGGACGCAGACUACAUCACCAAGGAGGAACACCAGCGUCAGUUGAAGGUGCUGCAGCGGGAGAUGUCGGUCGUGGUGGCCAGGAAUCUCGAGUUUGAUGAUAUGAAAAAUGUCUUCGUCGACGAAAUCAACUGCUUGAAGGUCAACUUGUCCGCCGCCGAGGAACUGCACGCAAAGCACCGUACCGAGCUGGCCCGCCAGGCUCGAGACAUCGAAACCAAGGACGUUUCGCUGGCGGAAAAUAUCCGCGAGCUAAAAACGCUUGCCGAACAGGUAGACGUGCUCUCCGCCCAACUGGACAUCUACAAGGUCGACUUUGAAGCGGAACGUACCGCUCGCGGCGAGCUGGCCAGCGAGAAGGACCGCAUACUGGCAGAUUUGAAGCUGCUGCAGAAGCGCAACCAGCAACUUAUAGAGGAGGUCCAGAAUGGAAGAGUCGCCCAGGAGAACGCUACCAAGGCGGCCAACGAGGCGCUGGACAAACGCGUUCCGGAACCACCGACCGAAACGCCUGGACCGAGCCGAGUUGGAGCGAAUCCACCGCAGCAGCAGCCGGAUCCGGAAGAGCAAGAGUAUGUCCCGUCGAUUCUGCACUGUCCGCUGUGUAACAAUGCGUAUCGCGAUUUGACCAGCCUGCAGAACCACGUCGAGGAUUGCGUUGGUGUCGAAACGCUCGGUACAACGUGGACGCGCAAGGAUGACGAACGCCGCCUUCAGUCCAGCCGGCGUCAUCCACUCCUCCCACAGGCACAGCGCGCAAGCCAGCUUGUCCGCACAGGGAACCCAAUCCCCGUCGUCGUUCCUGUCCGCAUCGAAGCACCACUGCGGUUCCGCCAAACUCGGCCGCCGUCCUCGACUUUCCGCGUACCGCUUACCCUUCAUGUGGCUCAGAUAGUCGCAACCGUCUUCCGGCACGUACAAGGCAUGCAUCCACCAGGGACUCUCGCUCUGCUUCCACUCGGCCAACCGCAGCCCACAGUAGAAGCACGCGACCACGUCCCGCACGCCGGUGUAGAAGAAUCCAGCCUCCGCCAGCAGGCUCACCUUGGGUCCACUCCACUGGGCCACGGCGUCGAAGGUCAUCAAGCGGCUGCGAAGUCCGUUGUACUCUUGAAAUCGGGCGUUGAACUUGAACCGACCAAAGUCCUGCUCCGAUUCUUCCUCGUACGGACCGGCGUCGAACUCGAUUUGGUUCAUGGCGUUUCCGAAGCUACUUCCGCUGCUGCGAUUCUCCGUCACCAUCCUGCGCCGCGGCCUCCGAACCAGGUCCGGCCACCGCGCGCCAGUUCCUCGCGGCCUCCCGCCGCGUGUCUUCCCCCGUCCGUGGAUUUUCGGGUGCGCGUGCGGGCCGUGUUGAAUCUGCUCCAGAAGAUCGUCCUCGCCCGGAGUGUUAAAUUCCAGCAGUUCAACGGAAUUCGUAGCCGCAUGUCGUCCUUCGAUACAAUAUCCGAGUGGCUCGGACCCAAGGUGACUCUGAUGGCGGAGGCCGGAUUCUUCCACACCGGAUUCCGGGAUAUGGUCCAGUGUUUCUACUGUGGGCUUCGGAUGGGCGCGUGGCAUCAGCACGAAAAUGCCUGGUUUUUGCACACCGUGUAUUUGAAUGACAGGAGCUGUGACUAUGUGAACCACAUGAUGGGCAAACGAUACCUUAGUUACGUGAAAGAGUCGAAACGCAGACCGAGUUUGGUGGAACGCAGGUGGUGCUUUGACGCGGAACGGAACGGCGUCGACGAUUGGGUUCCCUGUGCGGACAAGGUGGGCUGUGCGCUGUGCCAGUGGGAGGAGAGAGCGAUGCAGACCGUGCAGAGUUUGAAGGACGGCAUCUGGAACCUACCGAACACGGUGACCAAUCUGCUUGGGAGUCGGGAGGACGGCGGCGUCGCCGCUGAUGACCACAACAAUAACGCUUCGACGGCGCCUGAUGACGGUGAAGAUGGGAAGAAUGACGAUGACGAGGGUGACAGCGUUAGUGAUGAUAAUGCAGCAGCGGUUGCAGCGAUCGAGGAGCAAGAUAUUGGCGCGGAAUCGAUGGCCAAUUCGCUGAUGUCCGUGGAGGAGGACAUUCUGGACCGGUCGCACGCGAUUCCGUUUGGGUUGAUUCGGGAACAGUGGCAGCUGGUGCUGGAUUGGGACGCGUCGAUUCCGGAAAUGGAGGAUGCUAUUGGGAAGUGCAAGGAUCUGGUUCUGCGCUGUGAGGACAACUCCGAGGAGAAAAAGUGGCUGGUGCGACAUCUGAUUGAGCUGCGCUACCGGCUGCGAGAGCUGCAGGACGUGGACAGCGAUCCGGAUGCACUUCCACCGGAGACUAAGGUCAUUCUUGGGCAUCACUUUGUCGCGAAUCGGAACAAUCCGAAGUACAAGGUUCACUGCGAUCACUGUUCUGGGAUUAUUUGGAACGUGGUUCAGGCCUCUUACAUCUGUACCGAUUGUUCCUUUGCGGUGCACCACAAGUGCAUACGCAACGUGAUAAGGAUUUGUGCCCACGUAAUCACCACCGAACGCAACCUGCCCAUCGAGUGUAUCUGUCCAGAGAUUGGCCUGGCCUUCCAGAAGUACACCUGCGCCGAGUGCGGCUGCCAGCUUAGCUGCAACACUUCAACCGCCGUCACCUGCUUCGGGCUCGAACUCAAGGCGGAAAAGUUCAACGCGGUCGUCCCGCGCCUCUGCGACUACUCCGGCUUGUACUACUGCACGGCAUGCCACUGGAACGACACCUCCAUCAUCCCGGCCCGCGUCGUCAACAACUGGGACUUUGUCCCGCGGAAAGUCGGUCGCGCCUCCCUGCAGCAGAUUCGUCUCCUGUACGAGCGGCCGCUCAUCAAUCUGGAGGCGCGCAAUCCCCGCCUCUUUCACUUUAUAGCCGGCCUUGGCGUGGUCAAACGGCUGCGCACCAAACUGACCCAGAUGAAGCGUUACCUGGCGGUGUGCAGGCUGGCCGAGGAACACCGGCUGGUGCGGGAUACCUUUGGUGGGGGGUCGAGGCGUCAUCUGAUGCAGUCCGUCGAUAUGUACAGCGUGGCCGAUCUGGUCGGGGUGGAGAACGGAACGCUGCCGGAGUUUUUGCGCAAGGCGCACGACGCCUUCGAGCGGCACAUUCGGAACUGUGUGAUUUGCUCCGGCAAGGCGUAUUUUUGCGAAGUCUGCAGCAACGACGAGUUCCUGUUUCCGUUCGAUGACGGGGCCAUUGCGUGCACCCGCUGCAACUCGGUUUCGCACAGGGCGUGCUACGCGCGCAGUAAUCGAAGUUGCCUCAAGUGUGCCCGGUUGCGCGUACGCGAGCAGCAGAUGCGGAAUGAAAUUUUGGACGCCGCCAACGGGAAUUAGGAUGUCCUAGGGCAAUGUGGUGCUCGCUUACUAGGAAAGAUGCUACCUUUCCUGCUAUUGCUUAACAAAUUGGGCGUGUCAUCGUAAUGAAUGCUGCUUUUCGGCUUUUAAUAGUUUGUAAAUCAAUAA